CGCUUUGAUUUCCUCCAUGUGAAGACAGAAGAAGGUGAAAUUUUAAACGGGAAAACACAUCCGAGGAACAUCAAGGCAAAAAUGUUCAAACUUGAAGGACUCGGGCCUAAAAUGGACCCAGAGGAGAUGAAGAAGAAAAUGCGAGAAGAUGUGAUCUCAUCGUUACGGAAUUUCCUUAUUUACGUCGCUCUGCUCAGAGUCACCCCGUAUGUGUUGAAGAAACUGGACAGCAUAUGAGUGGAGUUCCACAGCCCCUGCCUCCAUCCACAGAGUUUCAUCCUUCAGAGGCGGCGAGGACCUCCCCAUGAAGCCAGCUCGGCCUGUUCAAGAAUCACUCUGGAAAACCAGUGUUUUUCCCUGGCUUCAUCAGAAACUCUUGCUGUUCUCAUGCUAAUAUUGUGAACUUUGGUCUUCUUUUUUAUGUUUAAACAGUGUGUAACAUCUGUGUUUUUGUUAUGGUUAGAAUUAUAAACUGUAUUCAUGCUGUUAGAUUGAAAGCAUCAAGUUAAUUCUCAGUUUUUGUUAUCCACAGUUUUAACUGUUAUCUGCAAUAGAUGCAUUAUUGGAGUAAUUGAGAAUAAUGUACAGUAAAGAUAUGCAGACACAUAAUUAGCAGAUAUGAAAUAUUAAAAACAAUGAUUCAC